UUUCGUAAAAGACAAUCAUAGAGAAUCAGAACAAGAGACUAAUGAAAAUAGUAUGGAUAUGUUUUGCUUAGAGCAAGUAACCAAUGAAAAUGAUAUAGAUUCAGUUCACUUGCAAGAACCCAUUGACAAUACCACAGUUCCCGAAUCUCCCGAGAUCAAUGUUGAGCAGCUACAGCACGAGAUCCAAACGCGAAAAGAAUUUUUAGAUCAUUUAACGGCAGAAAAAUUAUCAGCAUGUCCAAGCGCUACUAAAUAA